GAGUCGAGGAGUUGAGGAGUAGGAGUUGGCUGACUAGGAGUGGGUUGAAUCUACUGGAGGUGGUGCGUGGUUCAGUCGGCGGUUGGACUCGGCGUGUGCACCACGUUGUCCAUUUAUUUUUCGUCAACCCUCCGAAUCCACGGUCACCGCGACUCCACGCCAAUAUUCCAGUAUGUUCCCGUCACACACGUGCCUGUGGAAUUCCAAUGUAUCGUUAAAAAUAAACACUCGGUGUUAAGUGAAUAAUCGUGAUCAAGCGCAACUUCUCGAUGACAAUUCUCAUCGCUGAGAUUCAAAAUGGAUUUUUAAUUCCUUUGAAUUUUAUUGAUAGCCACGGGAAUCGUUUGUUUGAUAAUUUUGCGGAUGUGAUCACUGCAUUUACACUGGAGAAGUUGAGUUUUAUGUGAGCAUUACCCGGGGUAAUUCGAAUACUCAUGCGAUCCUCGCGGGCACAGUUGCACAGUUGAACGACAAAUUCGCCAGGGGGGAGAAACGAUCGUGGACCCAAUGUGCAGAGGUGAUAAAAAUAUACCGGAGGAACAUCUCGGCUUUAAGCCAAGUGCCUGAGGGUACCAAUAUAGGGUCAGUUGAUAAGAUAAUUCAUCCGAAAAUUCAACGACUGUCGUAAAUCAUCGAUACAUGUGUGUGGAGGCUGGAAUAAACUGAAAAUACUUGGCCGACAUAAAAUCCAGUAUUCGGUGUGAAAUCAGUGACUGGUGCAUUUUCAUUGAAAUUGUGUUCAUAAAUAAGAUCGGUAAAGUGAUAGUGAAUGGAAGAGGUGAAAAAACUAUUUUUAUAUGAUAAAGGGUGGUGGUUAAAUGGUUAAAUCGGUGUGAUUCGAGGGAGGGGAAAGAUAGAUAGUGGAAAGACUGUGGGAGUGGGUGGGGUUUGUUUUGGUUGGACAGACUAUAAUCUGACCGGGUUGACCGGGUAAAUGAAUGUGUUUGCCCCGGGCAUUGGUGAUAGUGAUAGUGAAAUCGAGGGACGACAGGGGUGCUCGAUUUAAACACAUAAAUGUACGUGAGGAGUCCACAAUGGUGGCCUGGCUCCCGCAACAAAUUCUACUGCUUCUCGUACUUGUUACAGCGGGGAGCACCUAUGCGUCAGAAGACACGAUGAAAUGGAGUAUUCCAAGCGGUCGUAGAAACGAAAGGUCAUCGACCGUUGGCUCGAGAGUCUUGUCGAGGCAGAAGGAGCAGAGAAGCGUGACUACGACCUCAAGUGACUUUCCCGAGGCCAUGCCAACUCAAGUGUCAAGCACCAAUAUCCGAUUAGAUAGGUUCACUCCGAUUGACGAUGAUCAUAAGACAUCAUCAGACAGCCCAUCGACAAGUAGCGCCCAAACGACUGACACUAUUCUGAAGAAUCCCCCGAAUCCGCGGGGUCAACGUCUAGAUAGUAAAAAAUACGAGUUAGCAGAUAAUGGAGGCAGUUCAAUUGAGCGAAAGAUAGCCAAUAUGAAUUCAUUGGAAUCGAUUGGUGGGCAAUUGGUGAAGACGGAAAGGGUUGGAGCUCUGCUAACGAGCAUCGGUGGUUUGCCUCCGACCACGAAACCGGGAGAGCAUCCGGAUGACUCUACAAUGAGGGAAUCUCCACGGUCAGUGGCAUUAGAAUCCAUGGAACUUCAACCAAGGAAACCUACCUACACCAUCAAAGUCAAUUCCCAUAUGUCUGACAAAUUGCCCACGAAUAUGGGAAUUAGGGAUACGGUAUCAGUUAGCAAUGUGUAUCCGCAAAGUCCCACGAUGACUAAAACCGAUGUUGAAUUGCAUUCCCCUUCAGUCAACACGAUUGGCCACUUUGCCACAACUCAGAAUUCCCUUGAUUCAUCAAUCGAUUCACUUCAAUUUCAAUUGGAGCCACACCAAGAUCAAGUAACGCCAGUUAGAAGUACGAGCGCUGUCCCAGUGGAGAUGAGAGAGAAAGAUCGCCAUAUCGGUGAGCUUUUCAACAGGCACUCUGAUCAAUUCACCCUCUCUCACUCAGUACAUGGAUAUCGGGAUCGAUGGCAGCCCGGCAAUCAUGAUAACACAACGGCAAUGACUGCAAUUGGCCUCCGACGGAGGUACAUGCGCGAUGCUCCAGAGGGUUCAUGUGAAAAAUUUUCAAUCGCUGAAGAGAGAAGACAAGAAUUCUACAGUCCAAAUUAUCCCCAGAUGUAUCCAGCAUCAAUAGACUGCGUUCGGAUACUCGAUGCUGGUGAAGGAAUGGUGCUCAAGCUCGAUUUCCGGGACCGCUUUGAUCUUGAGGCUGCCAAAGACAAGGAAGAUUGCAAAUAUGACUUUCUCGAGGUACGAGAUGGGAUGUACGGUUAUGCAACACUAGUCGGACUCUACUGUGGCAAGUCAUUCCCACCGGAAAUCACGUCCAAGGGGAGGUACCUGUGGUUGCAUUUCCACAGUGAUGACACUAUUCAGUAUUGGGGAUUCAAGGCCAUAUGGACUACUGUGCCACGACCAACUACUCCUGGAGUGCCACCAGAAGCUGAGCCCUGCAUUAAGUACGUGACUCACGAAUAUGAUGCGGCAAUCAAUAGUACGCAGAUUGAAAAAGAAAGGGCUCUCGCCCAAAAAACUGCACUACCACUAGACUGUCUUUGGAUUGUUGAGGCAAAACCAGGAUGGACGAUGCAACUGAACUUCGAGUACUUCAACCUUGAUAGACCAAAUGACUGCGACGCAAAUUUCAUGUCUGUAUUUGACGGAAGAACAGAAAUGACAUCACUAGUAAAAAAUUUCUGUGGAAGUAUCGCCGAAGCCCUUGCAACAAAAACCAACUUAAUGUACAUUCGAAUCUACAUGGAGCCCAAAGCCAUCAAUGGUACCUUCAAAUCGCUCAUGACAGCUGUACGAGCCAAGGAUGACGCCUGCAUGGAUGAUGAAUACGACUGCGAUGAUGCAACAUGUAUCUGGGGGCAGUUAACAUGCAAUAACAGGCAGAAUUGUCGUCUUGGCUGGGAUGAAGAUCCAUCUAUGUGUGGGAAAGGAAAAUCCCUGGCACUGGACUCCACCCGCAUCGUCGUAAUCCUCGUGGUCUUCGCUGUGAUAAUGUUCGGCCUGACAUUCGCCUUCCUCUUCAACUGCAUCCGAAAAAUCAUUAGCGAUCACCGUAUAAUACGGGAACACAUAAGACAGUCACGGGAGAAUCGUUUGGAUGAGAUUGGACGAAAGUCAACUCCUUGUCCGAUAUCCGUGUCACAGACGGACAUUCGUCAGCACGGUAGUGAUUCACCGAGUCUUGAAAUUGAUUCAAACAAGGAGUUGAUACCAACAGCGACAAUAAUAGCUCACGAAUACACCAAGGACUUGGUACUCGAGAUGACAUACAACGCCAAUGACAUAAUUGACAUACAUCAGAGUAACAACGUGAGUAACGCAACGCAAGAGCGCCUCCAGGAAACCACGGAUGAGCCCCAGAUGUGUGACAGUUCGUGUCAAACGCGCGAGAGUCUUUUUGACCCUCGUAUACCGGAGCCAGGUGCCCCAUCCCCAGCCUUUUCAACAUUCGGCUACAGUAGCAUUAGUGGCUCUCGAAACGGUGUACAUCCGAGCCUCAGGCAAUCCUCACGUAGUCAGACAUACAACUCUCCAAAACCAACUCACGGUAGCACAUCAAAACCCCCAAGUGUAUGCUCUAGCUGUAGUCCAGCAUCCAGAGGAAGAGACGCAAGUGGAACAAUAUGCCCCAAACACGCCCCAAUUCCAGCACCUCCCGGAUGGUCCGUCCACGAUCCACCAUACGUUGCUGCUAUUCCAACGCAUCCUGAAGAUCCCGAGUAUCUCACUUAUCAGAGAUAUCAAAGCCCAAAACCCGAGAGAGAUGGCAAAUCGUAUCAACCGGGUAUUGUUAAACAGAGGACAAUUGGUUCUGGUGAAAAAUACGGUAGUUUUCUAUACGGAUCGGAGAGAGGAUCGAGUAACACUGCCAGUAAUACUAAUACAAGUAGCUCUCAACACUCCGGUACACCAAGGUGUCAAGUUCCUGAUCCGCGUUAUCGUGCUGAAGCAGUUAUCGAGGUUGACCAAAGAAGGCCUUUCAGCAUAGAGAGCACCAAAAGUGCUCCUGAUGUCAUUGCCACACACUGACACCGGGAACCAGGGGGUUGGGAGCCGUACAAAAGACGCCAUCCCCGUCAGAAAAUAGACAACAAUGAAAUUCACAAUACCUUGAAUUCAAUUGUAACGGUGAGUGUUGGUACACAGAGUUCUCUCGAUGAUAUAUCAAAAUCAUCGAUACACGAAAUUUCAUCGUCCUGAUCCACGUGUCCUAACGCAUUCCGUCCUGGGAGUGUUCAUCAGCCUUCCACUGGUUUACUGGAUGAUUUACCAAUUUUAAUACCGCCCGAGGAGUUCAGGUCACCAACCAUGGUGCUUCGGCGUUAUUGUUGUCAUGGCCAUUCGCAUUCUACUACAGAAAAGCCAAUCAUGCCUUGCUGUUUAUUAAAACGCUGUGACCAGGAUUCGUACCGUACGUGGCCCAGGACGACGAUGAAAAAUCCAAGAGGAAAAUCAAAGAGGCAGAAUAUAGCUACCAGUGCAUCUGGUUUAUGUCAUACACCAUCUGAUAUUGAUCGAUCUGUCUGGACUAUCAAAUCAACGGACAAAGCAGUAGACGAUGUUGGGGCUUCGAUACCUUUUUGAUUUCAUUUAAUCCAAUUACCAGGCGCAAAAUUGUUCGCAAGGAAUUAUCAAAGGGACUGCGCAUAAUGAAAGACUUUGGGUUCAACACGAACGUACAAAAGCCAAUUGGACUUUAUUGAUUUAUCACUUGUUUCUUUUUUUUUAACUUUUGCUUCCAGGCUGUCACUGCCGAAUACAGACUUUCACAAAGUGCUGUUUGAGAUUUAUUCUCGCAUUGUUAGGUAUUUAAUAGGUCCACAUAUCGCGCGUAGAUUAAUAAUCUGAAAGAACUUGAACAAUCGUUAUUCUGUUUUUUUUUUUAAAAGUGGAUAAGAGAAAAUUUUAUCAUUUUUUCUUUUAUUACUCUAGAAAAACUUAUCGACCAAUCAUCCAUGGAGAUAAUAAAAUUUUUACUGAAGAAAAAAGUUUCGGCGAUUGCCGCAGUUUCGACUUUCCCACGCCAUUUAUCGAUUCCUAAACAUUUCAACCAUGCAUGAGAGUAAACUUUUGGCGAACUGCGAUACAAUUUAAAAUGAAUGAGAUUGUCUGAUUGCAGAUUUAUACAAAACUUUGUGACUACUAAAUUUUAAACAAUCUAUUUUUUCACGUUAGGUUUGAGCCGAACGAGCGAAAA